AUGCAGGGUGCUGUGGUGGUGGUGGUGGUGCAACUGCUACUGAGCUGCGGCACCAUCCAGCAGAUGAUCUUUGUCUUAGGAGAUCCAACAGCAGCAGAGCAGCACUGUCGAGAUUACAGCAGCACUUGCUCAGCUCUGACAGACACACAGGAGGUUGCAGUUAUAGAUGAGGUGACCAUUCAGCCCAGGAUCAGAGUAUCAUCCAGACCAGAAAAUCCCCCCCAAGACACAACUCUACAGGCUGGUCCCACGGAGCUGCCACCCACACCAGAUCCAGUGAGCAGCACUUCCCCUCUGAAGUUACAUCCUGGUCCAGAGGAUGUAGACACCAAAGUUGUGGUGAAAACCUACGCUGACACAGACACUAAGUCUGUAGGCUCAACCAAUGGAGAAACGGGGCCAAUGAAGGAACCGAGGAGCACAGGAGGAAGGCAUCAACCGUUCGUUAAAGCAAAGGAGAAGUCCAGAACAAGUGAAGGAUCAGUCUUGGAAAGUACUGAGAUAGUCAUUUCAAGACUUAACGUUCAACCUGAGAACCCCACAGCUCCAGGUGUCUUAUUAAGAGAUGCAGAAACUGCAAGUACGGAAACAUCUUUCUCCGAUGGGCCCCGGUUUGCUACUAGAUCUACUCUUAUCUCAGGCCCCAUCACAGAAUCAAGGUUUGUCACUUCCAGCAUCUACCCUUUAUCUGAAGGAGGAGUAAGGGAGGCGCGACAGGAGGCAUCGCCACUAGUCUUUAUACCUCCAGUUUCAGCGGACCCAUCAGCUAAACUCUCAAGUCAGACAGAAGGAAAUGUAACUGAGGACUUUGCUGUACCUCAGAAAGAUCCAGCUCCAAACCUGACCGUUUUAACUCCCACACUACAAAGUAGAGAAGCACUAAGUACUAGGAACAUUGAGGGUGAGACGGGUGAGAUAAAAGAAAAAGAGAAUAUGGAGGACAGGUUGCAAACUGUUUCACCCCAAACAGAAACGUUACCACAACGACUUCCAGGUGGAGAGCAGGGGAGUGGGACAGAGACAGAUGAAGAAGAGAUAGAUUUAGAGGAGGAUAAGGAAGUGCAAAGACAUGCAGAGAUGGAAAAAGAAAGUUAUGAUAAUGACACUGACAUUUCUAAGGAUUAUAAUCAGACCUCACCUGAUCGGAUCUCCCAGUUCAUCCAAUCAGAGACUGAACCCCCACAGCAGCCUGUUAAAGCAGCCAAUCAGCCGCCUACAUACACAGUCAGACAUCACGGGGCAGAAUUAAGACCUGGGAUCAGAGGUCAAAGGAAAAAGAAGAUCUAUAAAAAGCUGAUUUCUUCCUGGCCGAAACUUAAGGGUCCUCCAGGGCCUCCUGGACCUCUUGGAGAUGAUGGACCAAUUGGGCCACCUGGAAUCACUGGGAAGCAAGGACGAAAAGGAGUUAAAGGGAAAAUCGUAGGUAUCGCCAUCCUAUUUGCAUCUUACCACAUUAUACAGUAA